AUGGUUCACAUUCAGGAUGGACUUGUCAGAGCCAUGAGUGGUUUGGCUGCCUUCGUCCUCCUAACACACUUCUGUGGAGGUCAUUCGCAGCAGAUUGAUCCACCUCAGCCAGUCAUGGUUAUGGUCGGCCAUGACGUUGUUUUGCCGUGUCAGCUGGAGCCUCCUGUGGAUGCUGCUUCCUUGACAAUGGAGUGGGGGAGGGCCGACCUGGACCCCAGAUUUGUCUAUGUGUGGCAUGGCGGUCAGGAACUAAAAUACCAAAACAAGUCCUUCAAGGGAAGAGCAUCAUUGUCCAUCAACAAGCUGAAGCAUGGAGACCUUUCACUGACACUCUCCGAAGUGAACGUCUCUGAUAACGGGACGUACAGAUGCUACAUUCCAAAACGGCAGGAAGAAUAUUUUGUUGAGCUUCUCGUCGGUGCUGUCUCCUCACCUGCUAUCAGCUUAGCAGGCGUCCAUCAGGACGGCAGUGGAGUGCUGUUAGACUGUAGGUCUGAAGGCUGGUAUCCACUGCCUGAGGUGUUGUGGCUGGACUCUGAAGGAAACCUCCUCCCUGCUGGACCUGCAGAGGCAGUCAGAGGUCCUGAUGGUCUCUAUACUGUCAGCAGCAGAGUGACUGUGGAGAAGAGACACAGCAACAGCUUCACCUGCAGAGUCCACCAGAAGAACAUCAACCAGACCACAGAGACACACAUCCACGUUCCAGUGAAUUUGAAGAUGACCAGGAACAUGCACCACAAAGAGCUCCAGACGAAGCACUACAGGGAGCUGCUGGAGCAGCCCAAGAGCCAGCCACUGGAAUAG